AUGUCGGUGUCGGCCGUCUUUAUUCUAGAUUCUAAAGGAAAAGUCCUAAUAUAUCGAAACUAUCGUGAUGAUGUUGAUAUGAACGUUAUUGAAAAAUUUUUGCCCAUUGUUAUCGAAAGGGAAGAGGAAGGCCAGGUUUCACCUGUUAUCCACUUUGAGGGCGCCAGCUUCAUCUACGUUAAAUAUAACUAUCUUUAUCUUGUUGUACUUACAAAAAGAAACGCGAACGCUGCUCUUGUGUUUGCAUUUUUGUAUAGACUGAUUAAUAUUUUUCUUGAAUAUUUUAAAGAUCUCGAGGAAGAGAGCAUCCGGGACAAUUUUGUCAUCACAUAUGAGCUUCUUGAUGAGGUUAUGGAUUUUGGUUACCCACAAACAACUGACUCAAAAAUCCUGCAAGAAUAUAUCACCCAACAAAGCAGCAAGCUAGAAAUUGCUCCAAGACCGCCGAUGGCAGUAACUAAUGCCGUCUCUUGGCGGUCAGAAUCUGUGAAGUACCGAAGAAAUGAAGUUUUUCUCGAUGUAAUAGAAAGUGUCAACUUACUGGUUAGUUCCACAGGUAAUGUUCUACGUAGCGAAAUUGUGGGAUGCAUCAAAAUGAAGGUUUACCUAUCGGGUAUGCCGGAGUUGCGUUUGGGUGUAAAUGACAAACUUCGAUUUGAGUCAAAUGGAACGCAAGGAAAAGGCAAGUCAGUGGAAUUAGAAGACAUCAAGUUCCACCAGUGUGUGCGCUUGUCGCGUUUCGAGAACGAUCGGACGAUAUCAUUCAUCCCACCUGACGGUGAAUUCGAACUCAUGUCUUACCGGUUAAACACGCACGUCAAGCCUCUUAUUUGGGUUGAAUCUGUGAUUGAGAAACACGCCCACAGUCGCGUGGAGUAUAUGGUAAAGGCUAAAGCCCAAUUCAAACGUCGGAGCACAGCCAACCAGGUGGAGAUCCUGAUCCCAGUACCGAGCGAUGUGGAUUCGCCCCGUUUCAAGACCACAGUCGGCGCCUGCAAGUACAUGCCGGAGGAUAGCGUGGUGGUGUGGUCGAUAAAAAGCUUCCCCGGUGGCAAGGAGUACAUAAUGCGCGCCAGCUUCGGACUUCCCUCGGUGGAGGGCGACAGUUCCACCGAGUCACGGCCUCCGAUCUCCGUCCGCUUCGAGAUUCCCUACUUCACCGUCUCCGGUCUUCAGGUCCACUACUUGAAGAUUAUUGAGAAAAGUGGUUACCAUGCCUUGCCGUGGGUUCGUUAUAUUACGCAAAACGGCGAUUAUCAACUUCGAAUGGUGUGA